AUGGCAUCGGCCUUCACCGGAGACGAGUUUCUACGGCAAACGAGUAGCCGGAGCUGGAGGUCGUCAGCAAGCAUGAGGGAGAUUUGGAAUGCGCCGACGGAGGUGUUCGAGUGGAGCAGCCGGAGGAAGACGGCGGCGGAGGAGGAGGAGGAGCUGAAAUGGGCGGCGAUUGAGAGGCUUCCGACGUAUGAGAGGGUGAGAAAAGGGAUGGUGACGCACGUGAGGAGCGGCGGGAAAUUUGUUCAUGAGGAAGUUGACGUCACAAAGAUUGGAAGUGAGGAUAAAAGACAGUUGAUGAACAACAUUUUAAAGGUUGUUGAGGAAGAUAAUGAAAAAUUUCUCACCCGAAUUCGGGCUCGAACCGACAGGGUAAGAGUUGAAAUUCCUAAAAUUGAAAUAAGAUUUGAGAAAUUGUCCAUUGAGGGGAAUGUACAUGUUGGAAGCAGAGCACUUCCAACACUUUUCAACUCCACCAUGAAUGCAAUGGAGGCUGUUCUUGGAGCAAUGGGGCUCUCUCCAUCAAAGAAAAGAAUUGUUAAGAUACUUCAAGAUGUAAGUGGCAUAAUAAGGCCCUCAAGGAUGACAUUGCUACUUGGUCCUCCUAGUUCAGGAAAAACAACACUUCUAAAAGCACUUGCUGGAAAAUCAGAUGAUGAUCUAAAGUUAAGCGGGAAAGUUACAUAUUGUGGUCAUGAACUCGACGAAUUCAUACCUCAAAGAACCAGUGCUUAUAUUAGCCAGCAUGACCUUCAUUACGGCGAAAUGACUGUUCGUGAGACAUUGGAUUUCUCUGGACGUUGCCUCGGAGUCGGAACCAGGUAUGACUUGUUAGUUGAAUUAUCUAGAAGGGAGAAAGAAACAGGAAUUAAACCGGAUCCCGAGAUCGAUGCAUACAUGAAAGCCACAGCUAUGGCUGGCCAGGAAACUAGUCUGAUCACUGAUUAUGUUCUAAAGAUACUUGGUCUGGAUAUUUGUGCUGAUAUAAUGGUUGGAGAUAAUAUGAGAAGAGGCAUCUCAGGCGGACAAAAAAAGCGAGUAACCACCGGGGAAAUGUUGGUUGGACCUGCAAAGGCAUUUUUCAUGGAUGAAAUAUCAACAGGAUUAGACAGUUCUACCACUUUUCAGAUUGUCAAGUUCAUGAGGCAGAUGGUUCACAUUAUGGACAUCAGCAUGGUCAUAUCGCUACUCCAACCCACACCUGAAACAUUUAAUCUUUUCGAUGAUAUAAUCCUUCUUUCAGAGGGUCAGAUUGUGUACCAAGGUCCACGCGAGCAUAUUCUCGAGUUCUUUGAAUAUGUAGGAUUUAGAUGCCCAGAAAGGAAAGGAGUUGCUGAUUUCUUACAAGAAGUGACAUCAAAAAAGGACCAAGAACAAUAUUGGAGCAGGAAGAACCAACCAUACCGUUACGUAUCGGUGUCGGAUUUCGUCCAAGCGUUUGCUUCUUUUCAUGUAGCCCAACAAUUCAUAGAAGAUCUUAGAGUUCCUUUUGACAAAUCCAGAACUCAUCCUGCAGCAUUAGUAACAGAAAAGUAUGGUCUUUCCAAUUGGGCACUUCUCAAGGCUUGCUUCUCAAGGGAAUGGUUAUUGAUGAAGAGAAACUCUUUCAUUUACAUUUUUAAGACUUUUCAGAUCACAAUCAUGGCUACAAUUACAUUCACAGUGUUCUUAAGAACAGAGAUGAAACCAGGUUCGAUCCGAGAGAGUGGGAAGUUUUGGGGGGCCUUGUUUUUCAGUCUUUUAAAUGUCAUGUUCAAUGGGACAAUGGAGAUGGUAAUGACAGUUUUUAGGCUUCCUGUUUUCUAUAAACAGAGGGAUUUCUUCUUCUAUCCAGCUUGGGCUUUUGGCUUGCCCAUUUGGCUACUCAAGAUUCCAAUCUCAUUACUGGAAUCGACAAUCUGGAUUGGUCUUACAUACUACACAAUUGGUUACGCGCCUGCUGCCAGUAGGUUCUUCAAACAGCUGCUGGCAUUCUUUGGAAUCCAUCAAAUGGCUUUGGCUCUGUUUCGCUUCAUUGCAGCCCUCGGAAGAGCAGAGGUCGUGGUAAACACGCUCGGUACCUUCACUUUGCAGAUCGUAUUUGUGCUCGGUGGCUUCAUUGUCUCCAAAAAUGAUAUCAAACCAUGGAUGAAAUGGGCCUACUACGUUUCUCCUAUGAUGUACGGACAAAAUGCCAUCGCGAUCAAUGAGUUCCUUGACAAGAGAUGGAGUGCUCCAAUUCUCAACUCCACAGUAGGAAAGAUCCUCCUAAAGGAAAGAGGCCUGUUUACUGAUGAAUAUUGGUUCUGGAUUUGUAUUGGAGCACUUUUUGGUUUUUCUCUUCUUUUCAAUCUUCUUUUCAUCGCCGCACUCUCUUUUUUGAAUCCUUUUGGUGAUAAGAAAGCUGUGAUAUCAGAGGAAAACUCAAAAAGUUGCUCUAAGAGACUAUUGACGUCAAGUUCAAAAGGAAAUAAAAGCUCAGGUGUUAGUGUGGCAAAUAAUCGUACUAAACGAGGAAUGGUUUUGCCGUUUCAACCUCUUUCUUUAGCUUUCAACAAUGUGAACUAUUAUGUUGACAUGCCUGCAGAAAUGAAGAGCCAAGGGGCCGACGAAAGACGAUUACAACUGUUAAGGGACGUCAGCAGUGCUUUUAGACCUGGUGUUCUUACAGCAUUGGUUGGUGUAAGUGGUGCAGGAAAGACCACCUUGAUGGAUGUAUUAGCAGGAAGAAAAACCGGUGGCUACACUGAAGGAAGUAUAAAAAUUUCUGGGUACCCAAAGAACCAGUCUACGUUCACUCGAGUUAGUGGCUACUGUGAACAGAAUGACAUCCAUUCACCAUACAUCACAGUGUAUGAGUCCUUGUUAUACUCCGCUUGGCUGCGUCUUGGGUCAGAUGUAAAAAAAGAAACACAAAAGAUGUUUGUCGAGGAAGUGAUGGAGUUGAUUGAGCUUAAUCCGUUGAGAAAUGCUCUAGUUGGACUUCCUGAAGUCAACGGUCUUUCAACUGAACAAAGAAAGAGGCUCACGAUCGCUGUCGAGUUGGUUGCUAAUCCCUCUAUUAUCUUUAUGGAUGAACCAACAUCAGGUCUAGAUGCAAGAGCUGCUGCUAUUGUAAUGCGCACGGUAAGGAACACGGUUGACACGGGACGAACGGUUGUCUGCACAAUUCACCAACCAAGUAUUGAUAUCUUUGAAGCAUUUGAUGAGCUCUUGCUAAUGAAAAGGGGAGGACAGGUGAUUUAUGCAGGACCACUCGGUCACCAUUCUUCCCUUCUAAUCGAAUACUUUCAGGCCAUUCAAGGGGUUCCAAAAAUUAAAGAGGGCUACAAUCCUGCUACUUGGAUGCUCGAGGUGAGCUCUGCCACUAUAGAGACUCAACUUGAUAUUGAUUUUGCAGAAAUUUAUUCAAACUCCGACCUUUACCAGAGAAAUCAGAUCCUCAUAAAAGAGCUAAGCAGUCCACCAGAAGGGUCUAAGGAUCUUUAUUUCCCUACUAAAUUCUCCCAAGGCUUCACAACUCAGUGCAAGGCUUGCUUCUGGAAACAACAUUGGUCGUAUUGGAGAAACACGCGGUACAAUGCAAUCCGGUUCUUCAUGACCGUCAUAAUCGGUAUUCUGUUUGGUAUAAUCUUCUGGGGUAAAGGAAACAUACUAGAGAAACAGCAAGACCUAUUGAAUGUUUUAGGAGCUAUAUACUCUGCAGUUCUCUUCCUUGGAGCUACCAACGCCACAGCUGCACAAACCGUUGUUUCAGUCGAAAGGAUGGUGUUCUAUCGGGAAAGAGCUGCAGGGAUGUAUUCCGAGUUACCAUAUGCAUUCGCUCAGGUGGCCAUUGAGACAAUAUAUGUUGCCAUUCAAACUAUAAUUUACGUGCUGCUUCUAUACUCCAUGAUCGGGUUCGAGUGGAAGGCAGACAAGUUCUUCUAUUUCUACUACUUCGUAUUCACCUGCUUCACUUACUUUUCAAUGUAUGGGAUGAUGGUUGUUGCACUUACUCCUGGCCCUCAAAUUGCUGCAAUUAUUAUGUCAUUUUUCCUCAACUUCUGGAACUUGUUCUCUGGUUUCCUCAUCCCCAGGCCGCUAAUUCCUGUGUGGUGGAGAUGGUAUUACUGGGCUUCACCAGUUGCUUGGACAAUCUAUGGCGUUUUCACAUCACAAAUAGGAGACAAAACCAACUUCCUAGAGAUUCCUGGUUCAGAACCAACGCCAGUAAAUGAAUACCUCAAGAAAAAUUUGGGUUAUGACCAUGACUUCCUAAUAUGGCUUGUCAUCGGCCACCUCGGUUGGGUUCUUCUUUUCCUCUUCGUCUUCGCAUACGGCAUCAGAUUCCUCAACUUCCAACGAAGAUGAGAAACUCGACCACAAAACCAUUCUUUAAGUUAUGUGAUCAAAUUCACACAAUGGUUCAAUUUGUUGUCUAUAUAAAUCAUUCAUCGAUUUGAAAUGUGUAAUCCUUUUUUAGCGGAAACUAUCUUAUGAUCUUUAAGGAAGUUUUUUGCAGUUUUAUAUAAGAGCAUAAGAGAUUCAAAUAGACACUCCUC